CGCCGCACGAUGCACGCGCGUGUCCCGCCAAAAACAAGAAAAUUCGGUAAAACGGCCACACCAUCCCACUGAAUGUCCCAUCCCACCGAAUAGCGAGUCAGACCUUGGGCGUAUAAAGGGAGAAACGCGUCGCUAUCUCUCACCAGGCUCUCUCCCCCAGUCCCUCCUAAGCAAACUCUCCGUCACCAACAUGUUCAUCCUCACCGGUCUCGCUCUCCUAUUCACCACGGGAUUCCGUUUCAGUGCUGCCCAAGUAGCCAACUGUGCUCGCAACUACACCGUUCAGCUCGGUGACACCUGCAAUGCGAUUUCUGCUGCUCAGAAAGUUUCUACCUAUCAGCUCGCUCAGGUGAACACAUACAUCGACGAGAGGUGCACCAACUUGGUUUUGGGCCAGGUCCUUUGUCUAGGCAUUGUCGAUAAAGAUUGUACAGAGACCUACGUGAUGGCUUCGGGGGAUCACUGCGCAACUAUCGCUGUCGCCGAGAACACCACGUACGAUGUUAUAUUGGCCAAUAAUCCCAACGUGGAUUCGACCUGCGAUAAUCUCUACCCAGGAGAGGUCCUGUGCGUCGCAUCUAAAAAUGUGUACACGUAAGAUAGACGAACUUUGAAAGAAUCAAUU